UGCCCCCGCCUGACUUCCGCGGCCGGCCGGGCCGGCGCGUCGCUAGCGCAGCGCUUUCCGCCGCCGUUUGUCUCCCGUCUCUUCCCGUUCGCGGGAGCAGCUGCUGCUGCGCAACCCCCCCCUUCCCCGCCCGCCCGCCCCAGCGGCGUCGCCUCCUCCUCUCAGCCUCUCGCGGCGCGGCCCGGCAUACAGAUCUGAAGAAUCACAAGUUGCAAUGAGCAACCAAGAGGCUGGUGUUCUACGUUGCUGGAGAUGUAGAAAAUAUAUAGCAAAUUCUGUUUGCCUUGCAAAAUGUCAUGGAAGAGAACCGUCUGAAUCAUCGCAACCUUCAGCUGCUGCUCAGGGGUCUUGCAAUGUAUGGCAUGUGAACUUAGGAGCCAUUCCAGAGUGGGUGAAGUGUAUCAUUGAAAAGGCACAGUGGACAAUUGGAAAACUGGACUGUCUGUUCUGUGAGGCCUGCUUAGGGGGCUUUAACUUUGUUUGCAACACAAAGUGUUCCUGUGGACAGUUAGUAAAUAUACAUUUCUGCAAAAGUUGCACUGACUAUCAGCCAGCUUUCUCUGUUAAAUUAGCAAAAUCAUCAGGAAAACACUUACCUCUCCUCAAAAUUCAGGCUGGUUUUAGCAAGGAAGCCUGCCAUGAAGUGGUAACUGCAACUUUGGAAAUCAAAAAUCAAGCACUUUCAUACAUGGCCAGAAAUAAUAAUGGUACUGGCAGAUUAACAGAAGCACUUUGUCUAGAAGUAAGAGCUCCCAGAUUUGAGAUGAAAAGUAAAAAACUUCCCUUAAAGGCGUUAAAUCAAAAAAGAAAUCUUUCUGCUUCCUAUCCUGUGAAUGAUGCAUGCACUGUAAAACCUUUUCAAAGAAGAUCACGUAGCUUGGACUUAAAUAUCAGAGAGCGACUUGUUUUGUUACCUGCCUUAUAUGAAACUUGCAGUAUGGGGACAAUUUACCACAGACAAAAUGAAAAUCCACCUGUUUACACACGACGUGGCUUGCAAUUAGAGUCCAAUGUGAAAGAAGUUAGUUCUUUUCAGGACCUAUAUAGUUCCAGUGCUGACAAACUACAAAAAAGUUUUCGAGUUACUUCCUUUACCACAUUACUACAUAGAGAAAGAGAAAGUGACUGUGAUUUUGAAGCUACUGGACAAUCUUCUGGGAGUGCCAUUGCUGAUGGGUCAACUUUUGUGAUGAACCUUUCUUCACCUACACGUGCUGCAGAAGAGGAACAGUACAUCACACCUGUUGGUCUUGUGCAUCCUGCGAGUAUUUCCUUCAACCAAAAGCUGAAUAAAAGAGAAAGAAACAAGUUGAAAAGCUUGAGGAGAAAACAAAGAAGGCGAGAACGGUGGCUACAGAAGCAAACUGCAGAUGAUAACCUGCAUACAGAUGAUGAGCAUGAACUCAGAGGAGACAAAGAAAGCUAUCUCUGUGCAGUGUGCCUGGAUGUUUAUUUCAAUCCUUACAUGUGCUACCCAUGCCACCACAUCUUCUGUGAACCUUGCUUAAGGAUGCUUGCCAAAGACAAUCCAGCCAGCACUCCAUGUCCACUGUGUCGCACUACAAUUGCCAGAGUCUUUUUCCAAACAGAACUGAACAACUCUACCAAAUCUUUUUUCCCUGCGGAAUAUUUGAAGUUAAAAGAAAAUUUUCAAAAAUCAAAUUCUGCAAAAUGGCCUCUACCAAGCUGCAAGAAAGCCUUCAGAGUUUUUGAAGCAGGUUUUCAAAGACGCUCAGCUACUGUAACAAGGAGGCAUUUUCCACAUGCUGCUCACAGGAUGGACUACAUGGACUUUGAGGAUGAUAGCCGUGGAUGGCGGUUUGAUAUGGACAUGGUGAUAAUCUACAUUUAUUCAGUCAACUGGGUAAUAGGAUUUAUUGUGUUCUGUUUUCUUUGUUAUUUCUUUUUCCCUUUUUAGUCUGUAGUAAUCACAGUUAAGGAGAACAGAAGUCAUGUGAACCACAAUAAUGUGAAUGGAAAAAAAUUGAAGAAGGCAAACUGAUACGGUAUUUUUAUCAGUCAGAAUUGUAAUGGACUGCAUCAAGCAUGCUGUGAGGCUAUUUGAUACUUCUGCUAUGUGUGACAAAGUACUUGAGUUUGGUUCCAAAUAUAAUGUGAAAUCCAGAUGAUACUUCAUUCAGUGGGAGUUUGGCCUUGAUUUUAGUAGCAACAGGAUUUACCCCUAAUGUAUAAAAUAAUUACUCUGUAGAAAUAUAGAAUACUGCUUGUUCUUAGGGGAGUUCUGUGUACUACAACAGAAUAUGAUCCACGGAGUGAUUUUGGGGCUUGACUCAUGUUGACAAAGUUUUCUUAUUCAUUGGUGCUUCAAUUCCUCACACAUAAAAUCAAUAAAGAUGCUUCCCAUUUGUAGUCAGAUCUUUUGGGAACAGGAGAUUAUAAUCACUGUGGUGCUGCUGCAUGCAUUAUAUAGACAUUCAGUAGAGCUAUUUCAAAGGUAUUAAUCCAAAUCCUGGAAAAUUUUGAUAAUUGAUACCUGUCAUCAUUCUACUGUGGAGAUGUGCUGUACACAGUGCCUGAAAGUUUGAGCCUAUUAACCAGAAAGAGAAAUGAUACUGCACAGUGUGCUGACAGUUCAUCUUUUCAGCAAAUGGCAGUUAGAAGAAGUCGACUAGCAACCCCAAGUUCCACAUAUUAAAGGGACUGGUUUUGUGCAGAUUCCCAGCGUAGCACUGUACCUUUUUUUUUACCCAUCCAGAUGAGUCUGUUUGCAUCCAGCAAGACAGCUAAUGGAAGGCAAGCAGCAGGCCUGCUGGCUGUGAUGCUGUGAGACACUAACCCCAGUAAAUAUUGGAGAAUGAAGCAUUCUCCAGUGUAAGAAAUCAGUAUCAUUAUUAAAUUGCGGUAGCGAUUUGAAGAUACUCUCAAGUGUGGGCUCACCAGGACUAUGUGUCUCCAGGGAGAUCAUGUAAGAGAACAUAGUAUUUAUUUGCACCUUUCAUAUGAAACAAUUCUAAAGCACUUUAUAGUUAUUCUAUAUAUAGAUUGCUGAGUUACAGUACCAAACUGCAGCCAGUUCAGCAAUCAUUCCAUACUUGCUGCUUUACACAGCAUUUUCAAAUGAAAGAGCAUCUAUUAAAUUAUAAAAAAAGAUACUAGAAACUGUUGCAGGAAUCAGGUGCUGCAGAACGGUACGAGGUAGUUCAAGGGCUUACUUUCCAGGAACGAACAAGGAAGUUUUUAUUUAUAAGGGCAUGACCCUGGAAAGUACACUGGUUUCAUCUAGAAGAGUAUGUGAGUAUAUGUAUGUAGUCCCUCUGGUAUCAGGAUUUGUGUGGGAGACCUGUGGUUUUUCAGUAGGUGGUGUACUCCCCUGUUCUAGCAAAGAACAAGGAAAAAUGUGUUGUGGAAGGUGCCAUCUGCCAAAUAUGAUAGAGUGGAAUGAAUUCAGGGGUUUUAUUAAGCAUGUGCUUAUGCUUCUUUACCAGAGCAAGGCCAGUAUGGUCAGCCUCUUACAGUCUAUAAAGUGAUCAGGACCAGAAACUUUCGCUUAAUGUGAAAAACAACAGUAAAUCAGCUACUAAUAUUUAGUUUUCUUACAAGCUGCAUAAAAUAAACUCUGUUUAAAUAUAUGUGUAGAAUUAAAAAUUACAAGUCUAACUACACUGAUUGGACUAAAUAACUUUUGCCAUCUUUUUUUAAUAUACGCAAAUUUAAGGAGAUACAGUUAUUGAAAUUCACCAUCACCAUGUAGUCGUGGCUGUGACAGAAAUGCAUUUUCAGCAAUUACAGUAUAUCUAGUUGUUUUGUCUCUCCCUAAAGGUGAUUGAUGCUAUUACUGGUGGCAUUAGGCAUAAUGUUUUCAAAACUUUUCAGUUUGUAGUAAAGCACUUGGUGAAUUUCCAUUUUUGUAUUGAUACAAACAAGUCUUUUAAAAGCUAGGGGUUUUAGGUCAUAGGCUUAUGUUUUGCUACAUGAAGAUGUGUAGGUCUGUAUGCUCAAAUAUUAUCAAUAUUUUUAAACAUUUUUCUCAUCUAUGCCAGGACUGGGAUUCUAACUGAAAUUUUUGUUAUGUGUCUAAUCUUAUGAAUUUACUUGCUCCUAUCUCAGCAAAGAGAGGGACUGAUUCACCUUCUGAUCUCAGAAAAUACUAAAAUAAAAAAGAUGUCAGGAAAAAUUAACUUAGCUGACAUAGUUUGAAAUUCCAGUAAUAAUGUAAUUUAAAAUUAUUUAACUAGGAUAGCUGAUAAAGCAAUAUCCUUAAGUGAAUAUUCCAAAAUAUACUGAGACAUCAGAAACAUACUAUAGGUACUAACUAAUUAUAUAAGAAAAAGUUACUUACAUCAUUUUUAAUAGCAUGUUGCCAUGGUUUUAUUCUGAAAAAGGCAACAAGAGAGAGUAAAAAACCCAGUGUAAUGUUAUCCCCUUUUGUACAUUUAUAGCAAGAAUUGAUGGCUGAGGUGGCUGCAUUUUCCUAAAUUUAGCAGGAGUGACAAUUUUGUAUGGCAUUUCUAACGGCGUAACUCUACCUUUCAUUGAGGCCUAAACAAUAAACUGUUUCUUGGGCUAUAUUAAUUUACUUCAUAUUGGUUGUUAUUAAUUCCAGGGAACAGUUAGUUUAAAGGAUUACAAAUGUACAUAAUAAAAACUGUUGCAACUCUGAGAGACAUCCUCCACAGGAAAACACCUAAAAAGCCUAGAGUGGAGGCACUUUUUUUUUUUGUCCUAUAUUGCCUUUUUGAGAUACAUACUUUUGUAAAAAUACAGUAACAAUCCAAACGCUCAAAUUUGGUUUUCCUUGAAAACCUGUAAAAUGCUGUUGACAUCUAUGAGAGCAAGAGCAGGUCCUUUGUAAGCAAUUUUCUGAUUGAAUUGACCCUGUUCUGCCAGGUUGUCUUUCUUAUCUACAAUAGUAUUAGAAUGCUUGCAAUAAAAUUUGAAUUGUUUGUAAUAUUUUGCAGUCAUUUCACU